AUGGUUUUAACCUCACGUUCUGAGCUAAGACUUCUACUAGUUAAUAACGAAACACCUAUUACAUUCUGUGUCAAACGUGAUGUGCCCCAAAGGCAUACUCUGAUUGAAAAAAUAAAAGAGCAUGGUGGCGAAAUUACUGAAAAUUACUGUGAUGCAGAUUUUGUUCUUGGUGAUCCUACAAAAACACAAAUACCGAUGCAAGGAGUUGAUAAAGUAACUAGUUAUAAAUUUGUAUUGGAUUCGAUUGCUGCAAAAAGAUUGAGACCCCCAAGUAGUUAUGAAUUGGUCAUUUCUGGUUCAAGAUCCGGUCGCUGUAAUUUUACAGUACAAGAUGAUAGAGACUUGGAAAGUUAUCUAAAUUCAAUAUCUGAAGGACUUAAAGGAAAUGAAAUAUAUAAGAAGUUUGAAAAAAUUGCAUGGCGUUCUCGGGCGGUCAGAAAGUUUGUGGGCAAUAGCAACGUUACUCGUAAUGCCCAAACAAUAAGUAAAGUCCGGUCAGCCAAUAAUUCACCUGCAUUGCAGGAUGCAGAUUCAGAUGAUCUAGCAACGGAAGAAAUACUAGAAUCUGCUAUAAGGAAGAAUCAAGAAAAUGAGAUCACAGAUGCAAAUGAUGAUGAUUUAGCAGAAUUGACUAGUCCUUUAACACAAAAUUCCAGAAUAAAUAACUUAACUUCGUUAGAUGAUGAAUAUGACGUUUCUGAGUCUUUUGAAACAAUUUCGGGAGAUUCCUUUACUGGUAAAUCUGGAAGUGAAAUUAACCCGAUAAAUUAUCUAACUGACGAGAAUUCACCUCGACCAACUCGAGAAUUUGAUGAUCGAAGCAUAAAACUAGGCAAGAGACGUCGCAUUGAUGAGGAUGUGCAAGAGCAACCGGCAUCCAAACGUUCGAGAUAUUCAGCUGUUGAUGAAGAAUUUUUGCUCAAGGUUAAAGAGUUGUCUGAAGAAUUCCAUGUUCCUAAGACUGAGGUGAUUCGAAUACUAGGCGAUACUUCUUGCAAUUUCGCAGCUGUUAGAGAUUACUUAAGUAAUAAUGAUAUACUCGGCGAUCGUGCGACUGUAAUCAACGAAAAAUAUUUUUGGGAUAACGAAGAAGAUGCUAUUCUGUUUGCGUCGACAGAUCGAAUACAAUUUGAAGACAUUUUACGAAAGCACGGCGUUGAACAAACGAAGGAAAGAAUUAUAUUUCUUAAUUCUUUCUUCAAUCGAUAG